CUCUCCCCGCGCACGCUCCGUCUCCGUCAGUCCCCUGAGCUGUUCUAGUGCGCGGCGUGGAGCCAGGGCUCAGGCUGGUGGAGCGGCCGGGGCUGGAGGCUGGGAGUGCGGCGCGCUCGGCCUCCCCGCGCCAUUAUCCGCGCUCGCUACGGGCGAGGCCGGCGCCAGGAUGGCAGAGAUGGGGAGCAAGGGGGUGACGGCGGGGAAGAUCGCCAGCAAUGUACAGAAGAAGCUGACCCGAGCGCAGGAGAAGGUCCUGCAGAAACUGGGGAAGGCGGAUGAGACGAAGGAUGAGCAGUUUGAACAGUGCGUCCAGAAUUUUAAUAAGCAGCUGACAGAGGGUACCCGGCUGCAGAAGGAUCUUCGGACCUACCUGGCUUCUGUUAAAGCCAUGCACGAAGCCUCUAAGAAGCUGAGUGAGUGUCUCCAGGAGGUAUAUGAGCCUGAGUGGCCUGGCAGGGAUGAAGCAAACAAGAUUGCAGAGAACAAUGACCUACUAUGGAUGGACUACCACCAGAAGCUGGUGGACCAGGCUUUGCUGACCAUGGACACCUACCUGGGCCAGUUCCCUGAUAUCAAGUCACGCAUUGCCAAGCGGGGGCGGAAGCUAGUGGACUAUGACAGCGCGCGGCACCACUAUGAGUCUCUUCAAACCGCCAAAAAGAAGGAUGAAGCCAAAAUUGCCAAGCCUGUCUCGCUGCUUGAGAAAGCCGCCCCCCAGUGGUGCCAAGGCAAACUACAGGCUCAUCUUGUAGCUCAAACUAACCUGCUCCGAAAUCAGGCAGAAGAGGAGCUCAUCAAAGCCCAGAAGGUGUUUGAGGAGAUGAAUGUGGAUCUGCAGGAGGAGCUGCCAUCCCUGUGGAACAGCCGUGUAGGUUUCUAUGUCAACACGUUCCAGAGCAUCGCGGGCCUGGAGGAAAACUUCCAUAAAGAGAUGAGUAAGCUCAAUCAGAACCUCAAUGAUGUCCUGGUCAGCCUAGAGAAGCAACACGGGAGCAACACCUUCACAGUCAAGGCCCAGCCCAGAAAGAAAACUAAACUGUUCUCACGGCUGCGCAGAAAGAAGAACAGUGACAGUGCCCCUGAAAAAGGUAACAAGAGCCCUUCACCUCCUCCAGAUGGCUCCCCUGCUGCUACCCCUGAGAUCAGAGUGAACCAUGAGCCGGAGCCAGCCAGUGGGGCCUCACCCGGGGCCACCAUCCCCAAGUCCCCAUCUCAGCUCCGGAAAGGCCCACCUGUCCCUCCGCCCCCCAAACACACCCCAUCCAAGGAGAUGAAGCAGGAGCAGAUUCUCAGCCUUUUUGAUGACGCAUUUGUCCCUGAGAUCAGCGUGACCACCCCCUCCCAGUUUGAGGCCCCUGGGCCUUUCUCAGAGCAGGCCAGUCUACUAGACCUGGACUUCGAGCCCCUUCCACCAGUGGCAAGCCCUGUGAAGGCACCCACACCCUCUGGUCAGUCAAUCCCAUGGGACCUCUGGGAGCCCACAGAGAGUCAAGCUGGCAUCCUGCCUUCCGGGGAGCCCAGUUCUGCUGAGGGCAGCUUUGCUGUGUCCUGGCCCAGCCAGACAGCCGAGCCAGGGCCUGCCCAACCAGCAGAGGCCUCCGAGGUGGUGGGUGGAGCCCAGGAGCCAGGGGAGACAGCAGCCAGUGAAGCGACCUCCAGCUCUCUUCCGGCUGUGGUAGUGGAGACCUUCUCAGCAACUGUGAAUGGUGCCGUGGAGGGCAGCGCUGGGACUGGACGCUUGGAUCUGCCCCCAGGAUUCAUGUUCAAGGUGCAAGCCCAGCAUGAUUAUACGGCCACUGACACUGAUGAGCUACAACUCAAAGCUGGCGAUGUGGUGCUGGUGAUCCCCUUCCAGAACCCGGAGGAGCAGGAUGAAGGCUGGCUCAUGGGUGUGAAGGAGAGUGACUGGAAUCAGCACAAGGAACUGGAGAAAUGCCGUGGUGUCUUCCCUGAGAAUUUCACAGAGCGGGUGCAGUGACGGAGGAGCCUCUGCAUCCUUCCGAUGGAGGAGAUCAACCCAGGACUGCAGAAACACCCUGGCCUCCAGAGAAGGCUGACUAGGUAUCUUCAGGAAUUGGGUUCAGCAUGAAGUCCCCUGCCUUGCUUCAGGUGACUGGACUGCUUUGCUGUGGGCUCCAACCCCAGCCAUAUUUGGGUUGGACAAAUAGAGACAGCUAUAUCAGAGCAACACUGUGUAGGGCAGAGUGUCCAGCCUGCAGCCUGUUCCCUACUGAAACCCCAGGAUAGCUAAAAACAUGGCCUGACACAAAAGUAUAAAGCUUAUUUAAAGUAGUGUAAGAUUUCUUGUGCAGACUUGUUUGGUAAUUCAAUUCAUGGUUCUGAGGUGUGAACUUCAUAGAAGACUUCUUUCUCGCCCUGAUGUCAGAAGGUUGGACACACCUGUAGAACAUUUCUAGUCACUUGUUUAGAAAGCUAUAGCUUUCCUCUCCUUCCUUUCCCCUGUCCUUUUCCUUGGGGGACUUGGGUUUGGAGCCCAGAUCUGAGCCUAGGAUGCAAGGUCCCUCUGCUCUAUGGGGAUUUGCAGUGAGGGUCUUCAGUGUGGAAGAUCUUCAGUCAUUUUCA